AGCCAGAGAUAAUAAGCGGAGCCGGCUCAUUACUGAGGCAGAAGUAUCAGAGAGCGGCGGAGUCACAUCAGCUCGUGGGAUCAUUAGACGAGUCUCCCCGGGGUCACUGACAUUUCCAGGCAGUUACCCAGAAGCACUGCACUCGUCUGUACUAUGGAGACAAACAAGUGUCAUCUGUCAGUGGCCUGUAUAUUAACUCUGCUCGUAUGGGGCGCGAAGUGUCAGACGGAAGAGCCAGAGAAGCAAGAGUGCGGCAAGGCAGAGUAUACCUCCGAGGAUGGCGAGUGUAUACCCUGUGUAUUGUGCCCCCCGGGCAAGGAGCCUGAUAGGGCCUGUGGAUUUGGGAACGGGGCCGGAGUCAGCUGCCAGAAUUGUGCGCAAGGAAUGUUCUCAAACCGCAUGGGAAUGUCUUUCUGUACCCCGAUCACACAAUGUGAUAAGCGCAGGAGAGUAUUGAUAAGUGCUGGGACCCCCAAGGCAGAUGCAGUUUGUGGAGAGUGUCUCUCUGGAUACUUCUCAUUGGUCACUAACAGCGCCAGUACCUGCUUCCCCUGCUGGCUGGCACCUAUAAACACCACCGGCUGUGAAGGUCUCAGGACUGUGCGCUCUCGUUCUCUCAGGACCCUCGAGACGGCCAAUAAAGCCAACCCCAAGAUGAACAGCACGAGCACAGGAGUGCGAGGGGACUCUAACACCCAGUAUGCAGUGCUGGCCAUUGUGCCAAUAUUCUGUCUGAUGGGGCUGAUGGGAAUCUUCUUGUGUAACAUACUGAAAAAGAAAGGCUAUCACUGCACCUCUCAGAAGGAGCUGGAGGAACAGGCGCCCCCGCUGGAGAAGAAUGGUAUGAACCACCCCUGCUUGUCGGAGGAGAAUGGCAAUGAGGACACCAUCGGGGUGCUUGUGCGACUCAUCUCUGAAAAGAAAGAAAAUGCAGCCGCUUUGGAGGAGUUGCUGAAGGAAUAUCAGAGCAAACAACCGCCUGCAUUUUUAGACAAGGGUCCUGACAGCCGGAUGCUUCUCCUGCCCCAGAUGCCCCAGAUGUGCAAACACCAGCACCACCUCCACACCGUGCAAGGACUGGCAAAUCGCUCCGGAUCCUGCUGCUCCCGUUGCAGCCAAAAGAAAUGGACCAAUGUCCCGACACAUGCAGAAUCUGCACCCAACACCAUAGCCCCCACCACAAAAGCCUCCAAAGCAGGGGGCAAGGUGGGUCGCCAAGGAGAGAUCACCAUUCUGGCUGUGGGCAGGUUCCGGGUGGCUCGUAUUCCGGAGCAGAAGCCGAGCUCUCUAGACCUGACAACCCCUUGUGAGCCCAAAAGCACAGGACCCCCACGGGACGCUUGUGAUGACUGCACCGAGCAACGGGGGCUGCUCUCAAAAACGAUCAGAGGCAAAAACCGCAGUUUGGAAGAUACCAGCAAGCUAGAGGAUGUGAUUUGACUCCUCCCCUUCGCCCAGACACCCAUACACUUGCAAAAACUCACUCAGCCAAUAGGAGGGUCCCCCUGCGUUCCCCAUAGGAGGCGGAGUCAGACGCCGCUUUGCAUCUCAGAGCCAUUUUGCACACGGCGCAUUGUUAUGAGCGACAGGACGACGUUGCUGCUGCCGGUCAAUCUGCUUUUGGGGAGGGGGGUGUUUAGUGGAACUGGAGUAACAUUUCUCAGGGUCGGUGAAUACGACUGCCUGGCUGUGGCUGGUACUGGGCAAUGGCCGUCGCCGUGGGUAGAAGCGAGCGGGAAAGAGAACAGGCACUGGCGACUCUGUGACCUCAUAAAGAAGCUUUCGCUCCCCAUCGCCUCGUGCUGAUUGGAUAAAGCUGCUCAUAUUUGUGCAUUUAUUCACUUGUCCUGGUGCCGCCACAUCCCCAGCGGCUUCAUUAUGUUCAUUAUUAACAAAUAAGUCUUAUUAGGGGGCUUCAUUAGGGUCCCAAGUCCAGUGUUGCUUAGAUAUGGUUCUCUGGACUGAGUCUAUAACAUACUAACAGUGAAUGUGAAGGUAAACUUCCCCUUUAAACAGCCAGUAAGCUUUGGGGGAUAAUGUACUCUCUGCACUCUCUCAUUGAUACUCGGCCAUUGCCUUUAGCUUCCUGCAGACCUGCACGUGCGCUGUUUGGCCACUACAUGGCGCUGUUUAUAGAAUAUUCCUCACACUAGGAAUUAGGAAAGCAACAUGGCAGCUCCCACCCAUGCAACAUUGCAGAGAAGUUUAGGGUUAUUUAGCGAGUGCAGUUUUGGUAGCAAGUCGCUAUGUUUUUCUGUCCAUUUUGCAUGAGCACAACUGCGGCUGUACAAGAGCCCCACAGUCUGAGCACAGAAUAUGUUGGUUUGGUCUCAGUUUUAUUUCUUUUUUUGUUUUCCUUAAUUUAUUAUAGCGCUGCUUCAGAUUUCAUGUUCUUACUUUAAAAAGUUUACUGGUUUGUUUUUUUCUGCCCCAGCCCAAGCUGUUAUCCUCCCCCCGCUCUGAUCCUGAGUGUAUGUCUCAAAUCCCUGCCGUAAAGCAAGACUGUGCUGCUGUUGAUUUGCUAAAGAGGAAAGGGAUGAUGAGUAGCAGGAAAUACACUCCCCCCCCCCCAUGCAAAUGCAAAAAAACAACUUGCUGAAACAUAAAUAUGUUUAUUAUUUACAUAAUAUGAGCCAUUGUUAUGGGGUAAAUACGUUUUAUUCUGAUGUGACAGUUUGCU